UUUCGUCCGGAUUUUUUGAUAAUUGGAAAAGAACAAUAUAAAUUUACAUUUAUUAUGGAUGAAAAUUCGCAGCAUUUGAUAGAGGAUUGCUUUUUGCGACCCAUAAGUGAUGUGCGCACAACGAAUACAUCCGUCCAAUCUCAGGAUUCAAAAGUGACCUUAAAAGCUGAAAUGCAAAUUUUGCACUUAAAUGAAGAAUCUCAAAACAUGUGUAUGGACACGUUACGUAGUAUACAUGGCAAUAAGUUUCGUUUAGGUAGUGCGUCUAAAUACAAAGAUCGUGGUGGAAAAAUUAAAGGGUCUUAUUGGGAAGACAGGGGUACACUCAUUGUUCAAAGUGUUACCAACUAUGCGAUAAACAACGCUGAUCCUUCUAAUAUCACCAACAAUAGCAAUAAUAACUUGGGUGAACCUGAGCAAAGAUUUCGCCGAUACGCUUUAAGAAAAUUAGAAAAUUAUGGAUUUCCUUUAAUUCACUGCACAGAAGCUUAUGAUCACUGUAAACAAAAUUGCGAUGAAGCUUUGUUAUUAUUAUUUCGGAAAUAUAUGAAAGUGCCAAAGGAAAAUGAUGGAUCAAUUACUUUCCGUUCAUCAAAUAUAAGUGAGCAAGAGUUGCUAGAUAUGCGGAGAGAUGAAAAAGAGGCCUUAGAAUCAAUUUAUGAUAAGUCUUUCGAGGAAAAGGAAAAGGAUUCCGUAUGGAGUUUGAAAUUUAAAAUCGAACAUUUGCUGUUACAUAGCCCAAAUGAAGUGAAAAAAGCCAGAGAGGCGGCGGCUUUAGAAGAAGCUGACAAACAAAAAACAAAAAAAUCCGCCGGUCCCACUAGAUGUCGUAAUUUCGAUAAGCAUGCGACUUGUAGAUUCGGUUCUAAGUGUCGAUUCGCUCAUUUGCCAAUUCUACCAGAAUUAACUGACGCGAUAUCAAACUCACCAGAGGAGGUUGAUGAAAAUUGGUUUUAUUUGGAAAUAAGAUUUCCUGUAAAUACAAAAUAUCCCUAUGAAGCACCGUUUCUUUAUGUGAAAACAACUUGCCACGACAUACCCAACAUAAUACGUUUGAAAUUAGCUCACAAGCUGUAUAAAGAAGCUUUAGCCUUAAGUAAAGAUGGCAUGCCUUGUGUAUACAGCGUGGCCGAGUUACUGCAAAGUGAAAGUUUAAGUCAAACAUUGGAUAUAGAUUUGGAUACUUUUCCGCCAAUUGAUAAGUCGCUUUUUUAUGUAGAGUCUAAAUUGACUGAUUUAGAAACUGAAAAACGUUCUUUACCUUUACCGACGCAUUACGAAAAGGCUCAAUCUUUGCUUCAUGACAAUCACCAAAGAAAUCCCCAACAGCGAGAUAAAGAAAACCGUUUAUUACUAAAACGUUUUACAGAACGCCGUCAAGAUGAACAUUAUAAGAGAAUGCUAGCGAUAAGACAACAACUGCCAGCGUUUAGCAAAAUGACGGAUAUACUUGAUCUUUUGGAUAGUCAUCAAGUUUUGGUGGUAUCGGGUGAAACUGGUUGCGGGAAAUCUACACAAAUACCGCAAUUUAUUUUAGAUAAUUGGUUUUUUAAGGCUUCACAAUUAGAUAACGACUCAAAUAUCCCUCAUGUAGAAAUAAUAUGUACUCAACCGCGUCGUCUUUCGGCAAUAGGGGUUGCUGAGCGUGUGGCCGAUGAAAGAGCUGAGCGCGUUGGUCGAACAGUAGGUUAUCAAAUUAGGCUCGAAAGUAAAAUGUCCUCCUCCACGCGUCUGACCUUCUGUACCACUGGCAUUUUAUUAAGACGUUUAUCUUCAGAAUCUCUCCUCCAAUCAGUAACUCAUAUUGUUGUUGAUGAAGUUCACGAACGAAGUGAGGAAUCGGAUUUUUUAUUAAUGAUCUUGAAACGUAUAUUAAGCGAAAGAAACGAUUUAAAGGUGAUUCUGAUGUCAGCCACCCUAAAUGCCAAUUUGUUUUCGAAUUAUUUUGGUACGGCGCCGGUGCUGCACAUACCUGGUCGUACGUUUCCAGUAAAACAGCUAUUCCUAGAAGAUAUUUUAGAGUGCUGUGAGUACAUAAUUGAAUGUGAUUCACCUUACAGUCGUAAGAUCAACAAAAAAGAGGAAAACGAGCUAUUGCAAGAAAUGGAAUAUGCAGAUAUCAAGGCCAACAACGUUGCGCCACCAACAAAAAUCAAAGAUGAACAAUUGAACUUAUCAGCCGUUUACGCCAGAUAUGCGGAUUAUACGAAAAGAACAUGUAAAACAAUUUAUCUAAUGGAGCCUGCUAAAGUGAAUCCUGAUUUAAUAGAGUCGGUAUUACAUUACAUAGUGGAAGGGCAGCAUUCAUGGCCACGUGAAGGCUCUAUAUUAGUAUUUUUACCCGGUUUACAAGAGAUACAAACAGUGCAUGAAGCUCUUUGCAAUAGUUCGACGUUCGGCUCAAGAUCAAAUAAAUUCAUACUGAUGCCUCUGCAUUCCACACUCUCCAGUGAAGAACAAUCAGCCGUUUUUCGUCCGCCAUCGAAGGGAAAACGGAAAAUUGUUUUAAGCACCAAUAUAGCGGAAACUUCUGUAACCAUUAACGACUGCGUCUAUGUCGUCGACUGUGGUCUUAUGAAAGAGAAACGUUUCGAUUCAAACCGCAAUAUGGAGUCGCUUGAAUUAGUUUGGGUUUCCCGUGCUAACGCCAAUCAACGUAAAGGCCGUGCAGGCAGAGUUAUGCCUGGGGUGUGCAUACAUUUAUAUACUCAACAUCGUUUCAAAUACAAUUUCCUGGCUCAACCCGUACCAGAAAUUCAUAGAGUCCCCCUCGAACAGUUGGUACUGCAUACAAAGACACUGCCAAAUUUUGCUAAACAAAAUGUGAUUGAAGUUUUGGGUGAGACCUUAGAACCACCGACGGAAGAAAAUAUUAUGGGUGCCAUUAGACGGUUGCAAGACGUAGGAGCCUUGGAUGAUAGUCAGCAAUUAACACCUUUAGGUCAUCAUUUAUCUGCACUCCCGGUAGACGUGCGAAUAGGAAAAUUAAUUAUAUUUGGCACAAUAUUUCAAUGUUUGGAUAGUACUUUAACAAUAGCGGCAUGUUUGAGUCAUAAAUCACCAUUUGUGAAUCCAUUUAAUAAGAGAACAGAAGCCGAAUUACGAAAACGGGAAUUCGCCAUUUGUAACAGUGAUCAUUUGACAUGUUUAGUAGCUUAUAAGAAAUGGUUGCACGUUUCGAAACGUAAUUAUUACGCCAGCCGUAACUAUGCGGAUGAGCAUUAUCUUUCCUUGAGAACUCUGCAAACGAUAGCUGAAUUAAAAUAUCAAUUUCUGGAAUUGUUAGUAUCGAUCGGUUUUGUACCAAUUAACAUACCAAGAAGACACAAAAACAUGGAAGACCGUAUUUUGGAAUUGACAGGGUCAGAACUUAACAUGAAUAGCGAAAAUAAUCGUUUACUCAUAUCGUUGCUUUGCGCUUCAUUAUACCCUAACAUUGUUAAGAUUUUAACACCCGAACGGAGCUUUGUUCAAACGGCUGGUGGAAGUAUGCCUAAAAUGUCUACAUGCAAAGAUUUACGCUUCAAGACACGUAUAGACGGUUAUGUAGCCAUACAUCCCUCUUCAGUGAAUGCCUAUGUUGGGACGUUUCAUUCACCAUUUCUCGUCUAUCAAGAAAAGGUGAAAACUUCGCGUAUUUUUAUUCGUGAAUGCAGCAUGUUACCGUUAAUACCAUUAGUUUUAUUUGCUGGCAGCAAUUUAAAACUAGAAUUACACGAUGGAGACUUUCUUUUUUUAUUGGAAGAGGGUUGGAUUAUCAUUAAAUCACAUAAUUACGAAAUAGCUGAAAUGAUUCGAUGCUUGCGUGCAGAACUGUUGAAAUUGUUGGAAGAAAAAAUAUGUGAUCCUUGUUUGAAUUUAUUAAAUCACGCAAAUGGACAGAAAAUCAUACGGACCAUCGUAUAUAUGAUUGGGCAUAAUAAUUAAUAAAAUAUCUCCUGAAUCGACAUUUUCGCGAUAAUAUCGUUUAAGUCCUUUCUACACUCACCACUCAAACUAUUGUAUAGCUUAUUUACCCUUUUCAAUUAUUGAGAAACAUUUAAUUGGGUAGUCAAUGUCUCUUUGCUUGACUUUAUGUACAAAGCCCUUGGCUAACGUCAAUAGUAUAAAUUAAAAGCAGGCAUAUCGCGACUUAACAUCGAUAACAUCUUUU